AUGCACUGUAAGACAGUUAAAGUGGGUAAAUGUGCCCCGCGAAUUCUGGCCCGGGCGCGUCUGUCACUGCUCUCGACAGAACGUCAGGAACUCGGAGACGCGAUUCCAUCUUUUGAUCUCAACACCAUCGCUUGCGCCAGCAUAUCUCCAACCCCCUCACAACUUGACCGAAUCCUCAGUCGAGCCAGCGGACGCUGAAACCGAGCAACAAUGAGGUGAUACCCUCUCUUGCGACUUUGUUACACAGCCACGGAAACACAAUGGCGCUCCCACUGCCCCCAGGGCUGACCCAGAACGAGGUCGCCUUCCUUGCCGAGAUGGAAAUGGUAACCGUCGUCCCACGUCAGCGCCUGGACAGCAUCGACCUGCUUGGUGGAAAAACACCACAGCUUCGUCCUCCCCACCGCGCCCAACUGCCCCUCUGGCUCGCCCUCCUCCUCAAGAAACAGCGCCGCGCCAACAUCGUUCCCCCAGCAUGGAUGCAUCCCGCCUCCCUCGCCGAAAUCAUCCACCGCGAAACAAAAGAAGACCCCGAAGCCUUCUCCCCGCCACCACCUCCUCCCUCGCGCGCUCUGUACUCCCAGCCUGGCACCGCUCGCCGGCUAAACCCCAGCUAUCUCGAUGACUUCACGCAAACGCAACCAGACUCCCAACAAGAUCCGAACUCCAUCUUAUCCCCGCCCUUCCUCCCCUCCAAUGUCGCCGAAUCCCCCGCCGGAUACCUCCCCUACCACUGGCUAGAGGUGGCUGAGGCCUUGCUCACGCACGCCGGCGAUGAUAUGCCCGCCCCGGCUGGCGAGGUACGCUCGUUACUGCGGGAUCUGGUGGAGGUGCGCGCGGCCAAGAUGCGCAGCAGUACGUCAGCGCUGGAGGGCUUCGGUGAUGCCUGGCUGACCCUGCGUGGUGUGGGCGCUAUGGAGUUGGCUGAAAAUAGAGCCUUUUUGGCGGGCUUGGUGGACGGCGUGCGGAAGAUCGGGGCCAGCGCAGAGGCGACGAGGAGGGAGGAGGAGGAGGAGGCUAGGAGGGGUGGGGAUUAUGGUGGGGAUGGGGAUGAGGAUAGUGAUGAGGAUAUGGGUCUUUGAAGGCUGCAUGGUCAAACCGCCGAUGAUACCAUAAAGAGGGGGCAAAGAAGAGAGAGAUGAUGAACGGUCGCCUGAAAACGGGGGACGAGGAGUAGGGGAG